CUGUUUCCGGCUCUUCUUCGCUCACAGCUUUAGGAAACGUGGCCUUAUUGCGGAUCCCGCAGCAGCCGCCGCCGCCGCAGCAGCAGCACCUGGUUGAUGAAUGAGCGCCGCUCAGCUUCUUCCUUCAUCCGAUCUUCAGUUCUCACCAAAGCCGGAGCGGUCCACUUCCAAACGCCAUUUUCAGAAAAGUCAUGUCUGAGGCUGAACAAGUCCCGGCCUCGGCCUCGGAGGCCGCCUCCGCUGUUAUCCUGGACGCCCUGAACGCCACGGACUCCAACGGGACUGAGGCGCUCAACGCUACGGCUAAAUUCGUGGCCACCCCGGAGGGCACGGCGCUGGCGUACGGUAGCUUGGUGUUCAUGGCGCUGCUGCCCAUCUUCUUCGGAGCCCUGCGGUCCGUCACCUGCUCCAAGUCCAAGGAACUCGGAGAAAAUGAAUACGAUUCUGGGUUCAGAAACUCUGCAGACAUGCCGGAGACCAUCACCAGCCGGGACGCCGCCCGCUUUCCCAUCAUUGCCAGCUGUACUUUGUUUGGUCUGUACCUCUUCUUCAAGGUGUUUUCUCAAGAGUACAUCAACCUGCUGCUGUCCGUCUACUUCUUUGUGCUGGGCGUCCUGGCUCUGUCUCACACUAUGAGUCCACUGAUGUCCAGAAUCUUUCCAGUGUCUUUGCCAAACAAGCAGUACCAGCUGCUCUUCACUCAGGGUUCCGGGGAGUCCAAAGAGGAAAUAGUCAACUAUGAGUUUGACACCAAGAACCUGGUGUGUCUGUUGAUCAGCAGUGUGGUGGGAGUCUGGUACCUGCUCAAGAAGCACUGGAUAGCCAACAACCUGUUCGGCCUAGCAUUUGCCUUAAACGGGGUGGAGCUGCUACACCUGAACAACGUCAGUACUGGCUGCAUCCUGCUGGGGGGGCUGUUCGUCUAUGACGUCUUCUGGGUGUUUGGGACCAACGUCAUGGUAACCGUGGCAAAGUCGUUUGAAGCACCCAUCAAAUUGGUUUUCCCGCAGGACUUGCUGGAAAAAGGUCUUGAAGCCAAUAACUUUGCCAUGUUGGGACUGGGCGACAUCGUCAUUCCAGGCAUCUUCAUCGCUCUGCUGCUGCGCUUCGAUGUCAGCCUGAAGAAGAACAGCAGGACGUAUUUCUACUCCAGCUUCUUGGCCUACAUCUUUGGCCUUGGCCUUACCAUUUUUGUCAUGCACACCUUCAAACACGCACAGCCCGCUCUACUCUACCUGGUUCCUGCCUGUGUGGGCUUCCCCGUCGUCGUGGCGCUAUUCAAAGGAGAACUCACGGAGAUGUUCAGAUAUGAGGAGUCUCCUCCUGAAGAGGCAGGCACCAAAGAGGAUUCAUCAGCAUCUGACAAGAAGGACCAAUGAGGAUUAGCUCUCGACCCAAACGCCCCUCCAUUUCAGUCUUCACUCAUCCAACCUGCUGCUGCCAUGUUUCAUCAAAGCCCCGCCCCCUCGCUCCUCUCCAGCUUAGUGUUUAUCGCCGGAGGAAAUGGGGCUAUUUUACCACUGUGUUUGUCUCUGGUGACUGGAAAUAGCAGCUGGUUCCCACGGUAACGGCAGUGGCGUUUCUUUGAGACUUAUCCGGAUGCAUAUUCACAGCUGCAGCAUCAUCACAAGCGAUGUUUUUAUGUGUUUGCAGAUCGGCUCAGAUCUGCCAAAAAACUGAAGGAGCGCUUGGUUCAGCUCAAAGGGGGAAACGCCGCAGUGAAACAAGCGCUCCCGAGCUUUUCUUUCUGCGCUUUACUGUCUGUGCAGAGCUCGAUGAAGAGCGAGUUACAGAAACGUUCUCCUAUUUGUGUUCCAGAGCUCGUUUUCCUCCCAGUAAUGUUUCCCAACAUGUCUGGCUUUUCUCUCUGACUGCUGUUCAUGCUGCCUUCUGCUUUUCACACCAGCUCUUUCAGUCGGCGCCGCUUUAUUUUACACUUUCAUUUGUUUAGCAAAAGAGCAGAAUUUUACGGUGGAAAAAACCCGGUGCAGUUUUUAGUUUGUUACUUUUUCCAUUCGUCAAAGCUCCUGUUGUGAAAACCAGUUUGUAUGACCGUUGGUUGUUCAGGUUCUUGACAGAAAAUAAAUGUCACUUAUGAUCCAACCGUCAGCUGGUGUGGCCUCACAGUUACCUGGAGUGUACCUGAGCCCUGCCAGCCAAUCACAGUUCAGCGCUCCAAAUAUAUGUCCGUUUUCUGCACAAACGUUUGUUUUCCAUCAUUACAUUGUCCUCUGACAGAAUUUCAAGUUGUGCUGUCAAACGUACGCCCUGGUUUGAGUGAUCACAAAAACAGAACUGCACAAGUGGGUAUUUUUUGGACUUGGAAAAACAUUUGUUAAUUGGUUGUUCUGGAUUUGAAUUGUGAUUUACGUUAAAAUAAACAUCAAAUUCAGUCGUUCAUUUUCUAGUUUGGUGUUUUGUAUGUUUAAAGGUCAAAAUUGUAAGAAAAAAGGUUUGAUGAGAACCGCAUAUAAUUGCAGCUGCUUUUAAGAUGCUCUGUCUUUGAGUGAUUUCAUUAAAUUAAAUUUAUUAAAGCA